UAUUUUAUUGAACGAAUGAAAAUUCUGGUUAUUACCUAUAUUGUGAAGUUGUUUUUAGAGGGAAAGCCAAAAGAAACGAACUAGUUAAAAAAGAAACACGCUUUUGUUCUUUUUAAUAUUUUUGUAUAUAAUUUCAAAAAUAAUUAUUUACUAGUUGUAGUUUUGAAUGUGUAUUGAACAUGCCGUCUGUUGCAUUAGAUAAGGAAACGUUUUAUAAGCGUAUAAAACAUCUUUACAAUUUCUGGAAGAAUAACAAAGAUGAAAAUACACAAGCCUUAAAUAAUCUAGAUGCAUUUACAUGUGCUGUAGGAGUUGAUGACUAUACUAUCUAUAGUAAAUCAUCUUCUUUACAGAUUUGGUUAUUUGGAUAUGAACUAACAGACACUGUGUCUGUAUUUACAGCUGACGGAAUUUAUAUUGUAGCUAGUAAAAAAAAAGUUGAAUUUUUAAAACCUGCUGAGAAUGUUAAAGAAUCUGACUGUCCGUUUGUGAAACUAAUCACAAGAGAAAAAGGUGGCAACGAUAAAGAUAGCUUUGAUAAAUUGAUAAAAGCCAUUAAAAGUAGCAAGAAUGGUAAAGUGGUUGGUAUUUUUGGGAAAGAAAAAUAUCCCGGAACAUUUAUGGAUGCAUGGAAAACUGAAUUUGACAAAGGAGGUUUUGAAACUGUUGAUAUAAGUUCUGCAAUUGGUUAUAUUUUAAGUAUAAAAGCUGAAAAUGAAAUAACAUUAAUGAAGAAAGCUAGUUUAAGUUCAGUUGAAAUGUUUACAAAAUAUCUUAAAGAACAAAUUAUGGAAAUAAUUGAUUCAGAUAAAAAAGUAAAACAUACAAAACUAGUUGAAGGCUUAGAAGUUGCAAUAUCAGAUAAAAAGUAUUUGCCAGCUAAUGUUGAUCCAUCACAACUAGAAUUUUGUUAUCCUCCUAUUAUUCAAAGCGGGGGAAAUUAUAGUUUAAAAUUUUCAGCUACUAGUGAUAAAAAUAUUUUACAUUUUGGAGUCAUAAUAUGUAGUUUGGGAUUACGAUAUAAAUCGUACUGUUCAAACCUUAUACGAACAAUACUUGUUAAUCCUACUGAAGAUAUAAGAUCGAAUUAUGAAUUUUUGAUCAAUUUACAAGAUUUUUUAAUUUCAAAAUUAAAAUCUGGAACUAAACUUUGUGACGUUUAUAACUCAGGGUUAGAAUUUGCUAAAAAGGAAAAACCAAAUCUUGUAGACUUUUUAACUAAAAAUUUUGGAUUUGUUAUGGGUAUUGAGUUUCGCGAAGGUUCUCUUAUGAUAGCACCUAAAACCACUGCUAUUGUAAAAAAAGGACAAGUUUAUAAUUUAAGUGUUGGUUUAUCUGGGUUAACAAAUAAAGAAGGAUCUGAUAAAGAAAGCAAAGUAUAUGCUUUAUAUGUUGGAGAUACAGUUUUAGUUAAUGAAGAUACCACAGCUACUCAAAUGACUCCAUCAAAAAAGAAAAUUAAAAACAUUGCCAUAUAUUUAAAUGACAAUGAUGAAGAUGAAGAAGAGGAUGAUGAAAAAGAAAAUGAACCUAAACAAGAACCAAUUGUCAGUAGAGGAAAGAGAACAGCAGUCCUUGAGUCUAAACUUAGAAUGGAUUCUUCAAGUGAAGAAAAACGUAAAUUACAUCAAAAAGAAUUGGCCGUGGCUUUAAAUGAAGCUGCCAAACAACGUUUAGCUGAACAAUCUAGUGGCAAGGAAGCUCAAAAAGUUCGCAAAUCUAAUGUAUCUUAUAAAUAUCGUAAUCAAAUGCCACAAGAAAGAGAUGUGAAAGACCUCAAAAUUUAUGUUGACAAAAAAUAUGAAACAGUUAUACUUCCAGUAUUUGGUAUUCCUGUUCCUUUUCAUAUAUUUACUAUUAAAAAUAUUUCUCAGAGUGUUGAAGGUGAUUAUACAUACUUAAGAAUUAACUUUUUCCAUCCUGGAGCUGCAUUAGCAAGAGGUGAAAGUUACUUUCAAAAUCCAGAGUCAAUGUUUGUUAAAGAAUUAACUUAUCGGAGCUCAAAUACAAGAGAACCUGGUGAACAAAUUACAGCUUCUACAAAUUUAGUGAAUGCAUAUCGUAUAAUUAAAGAAGUUCAAAAAAAAUUUAAAACUCGAGAAGCUGAAGAAAAAGAAAAAGAAGAUUUAGUUAAGCAAGAUUCUUUAGUAUUAUCAGUUAACAAGGGAAACCCAAAAUUAAAGGACUUGUACAUAAGACCAAACAUUGUUAAUAAAAGAAUGACUGGUACCUUGGAAGCUCAUUCAAAUGGAUUUAGAUAUAACUCGGUCAGGGGAGAUAAAGUUGAUAUUUUAUAUAACAAUAUUAAAAAUGCAUUUUUUCAACCCUGUGAUGGUGAAAUGAUAAUAUUGUUACAUUUCCAUUUAAAACAUGCUAUUAUGUUUGGUAAAAAAAAACAUUUAGAUGUACAAUUCUAUACAGAAGUUGGAGAAAUAACUACAGAUCUUGGUAAACAUCAGCAUAUGCAUGAUAGAGAUGAUUUAGCUGCUGAGCAAUCUGAACGUGAAUUACGUGUUAAAUUAAAAACCGCAUUCAAAAGUUUUUGUGAAAAAGUAGAAUCUGUGACAAAACAAGAAAUAGAGUUUGAUACUCCAUUCAGAGAUUUAGGUUUUCCUGGUGCACCAUUUAGGAGUACAGUACUACUGCAGCCUACUAGUGGAUGUCUUGUUAAUUUUACUGAAUGGCCACCAUUUGUAAUUACUUUAGAAGAUGUUGAAUUGGUUCAUUUUGAAAGAGUUCAAUUCCAUUUAAAAAACUUUGAUAUGAUUUUUGUUUUUAAAGAUUACCAAAAAAAAGUUGUUAUGGUUAACGCUAUACCAAUGAACAUGUUGGAUCAUGUUAAAGAAUGGUUAAAUUCUUGUGAUAUUCGAUACUCUGAAGGUAUUCAGUCAUUAAAUUGGACUAAAAUUAUGAAAACAAUUACUGAUGAUCCUGAAGGUUUCUUUGAAAAUGGUGGCUGGACAUUCCUUGAUCCUGAAUCUGAUGAUGAAGAAGGAGCAGCAGAUGAGGAAGAAGAAGAGGAUGAACCAUAUGAACCAACUGAUGUUGAAUCAUUUGAAGAAUCAGAUGAUGAUGGAUCUGAAUAUUCAGAAGCUUCUGAAGAUUCUGACAGUGAUGAAGAAGAAUUAGGUUCUUCUGAUGAAUCUGGAAAGGAUUGGUCAGAUUUGGAAAGAGAAGCUGCUGAAGAAGACCGCGAUAGAAAUGAGUUUCAAGAUGAAUACUCAAAAAAGAAAAUUGGAAGUAGUAGUGGAAGUCGUUUUAAAAGUUCCUCAUCACAUAAAAAAUCAAGUAGUGGUGAUAAGCACAGACAAUCUUCUAUAUCAUAUUCAAAAUCAAAUAUUGGUCAAAAAAACAAAUCAUAUUCUAACAGCUAUUCAAGUCCAUCUAAAAGUAAAUCAUCAUCUCACAAUAAAUCAAGUAGUAGUAGCAAUCAUCAUAAUAAUAGCAAUCGUCACAGUAGCAGUGGGAACCACUCAAGACAUAAGUCUUCAGGAAGUGAAAAACGACGUCAUGAUGAUAGUAGUGAUCGUCAUUCAUCAAAAAAACAUAAAAAAUAAAUUUAUAGAAGUAUAAAAUUGGAAAACGGGAUGCAUUGAAAAUUAA